GAGAAGAGUCCAAGGUUACGAAAACAGGUAUUUGCACCUGCUAUAUAAAGCUUCAUCUGAUGGUCAGAAAAUUAUCAGCUGUCUUCGGUAAGUCAUCCAAGUAAGACAUAUCCUCUCGAUCAGCUGUAAUUGAAAUUUGAUUUCUUCCCAGAUAAAAAAAAAUAAUGGAUAGAAUUCAUCUGAGAAGCUUUUUUCAUAUUGCUCUGCUUUGCGCUGCCAUCAGCUUAAGCUGGGGAGGUACUGAUUAUGCUCCCGAAAAGAAAUCUUAUGUAGUCACCGGCGAUGUUUAUCCACCAACCGACAUGUACUCGUUGAAAAAGAUCGUGAAUUACGAGUACGCCCUUGAUGAUUAUUACGGCAACAAGCAUUCGAAAAAAGAAAAAAUCGAUGGAGAAACUGCGGUGGGAGAGUACAAAACUCUUCUUCCUGAUGGCAAAGAACAAACAGUGACGUACGAGUCGGGACCUUAUGGUCAUUUAGCCAAUGUGGCUUAUACCGAAGGACAAACUUAUGCUCCAGCCCCAGCAUACAAAGCUCCUGCACCGGCUCCAGUCUACGCUGCACCAGCUCCGGUUUACCCUGUGCCAACACAGGCCCCUACUUAUCAAGCUCCUGCUCCGGCCUACCAGGCACCUGCUUACGUCGAACCUGCAUACGAAAAGCAGAAGAAGGUGAGCUACGAAUACUCGGUUGAUGAUUACAAGGGUAACAAACAUUCCAAAAAAGAAACUAUUGAUGGAGAGAUGGCUGUAGGAGAAUACAAGACCCUUCUUCCUGAUGGCAAAGAACAAACCGUCACCUACGAGUCCGGACCUGCCGGUCAUUUAGCCAAUGUUACUUAUGCAGAAGGCCAGAUUUAUGCCCCAGCUCCUAGUUACAAAGCUCCUGCUCCAGCACCCGUAUACACGACACCUGCACCAGCUCCAGUCUACGAAACUCCUGCCCUAGCUCCAGCAUAUAUGGCUCCUGCUCCAGCUCCAAUGUACAAAGCUCCAGCUCCUGCAUACAAGGCUCCUGCUCCAGCUCCAAUGUACAAGCCUGCUGCUCCAGCUCCCGUAUACACAACAGCUGCCCCAGCUCCCGUAUACACAACAGCUGCCCCAGCUCCAAUGUACGUGGCUCCUGCUCCAGCUCCAACCUACAUAGCUCCUGCUCCAGCUCCCGUAUACACAACUGCUGCCCCAGCUCCAAUGUACACAACUUCUGCUCCUGCUCCAACCUACAUGGCUCCUGCUCCAGCUCCCGUAUACACAACUCCUGCCCCUGCCCCAGUAUACACAACUGCUGCGCCAGCUCCAGUCUAUGAAACUCCUGCUCCAGCACCGACAGCUUACAAAGCUCCUGCUUAUGUUGAACCUGCAUACGAAAAGAAGAAGGUGAGCUACGAAUACGCCGUUGAUGAUUACAAAGGUAACAAGCAUUCCAAGAAGGAAACCAUUGAUGGAGAAACGGCCGUUGGAGAAUACAAGACUCUUCUUCCUGAUGGCAAAGAACAAACAGUUACGUACGAGUCCGGACCUGCCGGUCAUUUAGCCAACGUCACCUAUGCGCAAGGCCAAAUCUAUGCUCCAGCUCCAAUGUACAAAGCUCCUGUUCCAGCUCCCGUAUACACAACACCUGCCCCAGCCCCGGUGUACAAGGCUCCUGCCCCAGCUCCAACAUACAAGGCUCCUGCUCCAGCCCCGGUGUACAAGGCUCCUGCCCCAGUUCCAGCAUACAUGGCUCCUGCUCCAGCUCCAACGUACAUGGCUCCUGCCCCAGUUCCCGUAUACACAACACCUGCGCCAGCACCUGCCUACAAAGCACCUGCUUACAUGGAACCAGCCUACGAAAAGAAGAAGGUGAGCUACCAAUACUCAGUUGAUGAUUACAAAGGAAAUAAGCACUCCAAAAAGGAAACCAUUGAUGGAGAAACGGCUGUAGGAGAAUACAAAACUCUUCUUCCUGAUGGCAAAGAACAAACAGUUACGUACGAGUCAGGACCUUAUGGUCAUUUGGCCAAUGUCGCCUACGCAGAAGGCCAAAAAUAUGCCACAGCCCCUGUUUAUACUACACCUGCUCCAGUUUACGAGACACCAGCACCUGUGUACACUACACCUGCCCCGGUUUACACAACGGCUGCCCCGGUUUACACAACGGCUGCCCCGGUUUACACAACGGCUGCCCCGGUUUACACAACAGCUGCACCGGUUUACACAACGGCUGCCCCGGUUUACACAGCGGCUGCCCCGACUUACACAACUGCAGCUCCGGUUUACACUACACCUGCACCUGUUUACACAACGGCUGCCCCGGCUUACACGACAGCGGCUCCAGUUUAUGAGACUCCUGCACCUUACAAACCACCUCGUAAGGCCCCAUUCUCACACACCAAAACCUCGGUCACCUAUGUGAAAAUGCCCUACGUCGCAAAACCUGCUCCAGCCCCUUCCUACCCAGCUCCGGCCCCUUCCUACCCAGCUCCAGCCCCUUCCUACCCAACUCCAGCCCCUUCCUACCCAGCUCCUACUACUUACGCUCCUGCUAUGACCACCUAUGCCCCUACGACCACUUACGCUCCUACCACAACUACUACCUACGCUCCUACCACAACUACUACCUACGCUCCUACGACCACUUACGCCCCUACCACUACCUACACUCCUACCACUACCUACGCCCCUACCACUACCCCCACCCCUACCACUACCACCGCUGCUACUACUACCACCUACGCUCCUACCACUACUACUCCUUCUACCACCACUACGUCUUCUUACGUUUCAUAUCCACCAUACAUUGUUACUGCCUAUCCUGCUCCCGUCCCUACUCCGGUGACAUCUUCUUAUGUUUCUCCGGCCAAAAGCCCUGCCUACACAGCUCCAAGCCCCUCCGCUCCUGCUCCAUCUUACGCACCGAAACGUGUGAUGUCCGCAUAUGGUAGACGGUAGACUAACGCCAACCCCUUGUCGUUAGACUCUCGCUUACCAAAAAUCCUGCCUUCAUCAAUCGGUGAAAUGGAGUUUUCGACAUGAUUAACUGACAUCUUAUUGACUUGGAAGCUAACUCUUUAGAUAUCUUUGUUCUGCUUCUUACAUAAAAAAUUGUUCUCUUGUUAUUAUUACUAUUUGAUUUUCAAUACAUUUCAUUACUACGCAAAA